AUGUCGUUGCCAGCCUCGACGUCCUACACGAUAGCGACGCUGAUCAGCUCCACAUUGACGCUGAUUCUAGCGACGAAAUGGACUUUGGACGCUGCUUGCGUGAUUGCCAGGAGGGCAAAAGUGCACGAGACGAUCGUUGCGCUUCUUUUGAGCGGCAUUGCGUGGGAGCAGGUGAGUGCAAGGUCGAUAUCAGUGCCGGCAGCAUAGCAUACACCCUGCUCAUCCACCACUGUCACGCACGCGCCAUGAUCGCCAGCUGGUGAUCAUCAUCUUCUCCCUCCUUCAACACAGACCUGAUCUCAUCCUCGGCAUUUCUGUGGGCACGUGUCUACUCAACAACACCCUGCUCUUCGGUGUACAUCUUGUCCUUCUUCCUCGUCGCUCUCUGCGCUCCUUCAGCACCUCAUCGAUCAAUUACACUCUUCUGCAAAGCAUCUUUUGCAUUCCCAUCGCCAUCCUUCUCGGGGUCACGUUCGACGUUUAUCCUCCCUUGUUCAAAUCGCGAUGGUCGAGGUACAUGAAGAGAGCGGCGCACAUCAACGGAGUUCUACUUGUCGUCGUCUUUGUGGCAUACCUAGCUUUCGCAGCGCUGGCCCUGUACAAAGGACAUUUGCAACAUCCCGAAGAUCCAGAUUCAGACGACGAUGCUUCUUCCGCGUCUUCCUCUGACGCAGAUGCAGAGUCCGGCGAAGUGGAAGAGACGCGCUCUGCUCACUCUGAAAGAUCUGCAGCUUCCUUUGUACCUGCUGGACUUUUAGCGCAAGCUUCGGGCGCUCACACUACAAUCACCACUCCGCUCCUUUCUCGUCUUCGAAAUCAACCUCGAUCCACCUCAUCCUUUCACUUCUUUGUUCUCAUCGCCAGCUUGGCACUGAUCAUUUCAGGCGGAAUGCUUAUCCCUCACUCGGCCAUUCAUCUCGCCUGCAACAUCCACCUGCGUCUACCCCUCUUGGCGCUCACAUUGCUCCCGGCGCUCGUCAGUCUUCCGAGUAGGAUAUGGAACCUGGUCAAUGCGCAACAACCAAACCUGGACGGACUAUUGGUCGAGAUUUCCAGCAAAAACAUCUUUUUGCUCACUUUCGGAGUGGGUCUUUCACUGUUAGCAGGAGUGACGCACGACGUUUCACCUUCCCACUCCUCCAGCUUCUCCUCGGAUCCUGCUACUCUCCUGCUAGACCUGUCGGUAUCCAACGAUCAGUAUGCAGACUUGUCGAACAACCUCGCGCCCAUCUCGGGGCCUCUCGAAGCGCAAGACCUGCUCCUGCUCUCCCUGUCCUCUUUGGCCCUCUUGCUCUUUGCUAGCCUCUCUUCCCUCGCCCUGCUCAUCCUGGCAGGAACAAAGACUCACAGAAUCGUAGGACUUGCAUUCGCGCUGACUUGGAUCAUGUGGACAGCGGCUCAAUGGACCGUUUGGAGGUGA